AUGGCCCCAAAUCAAUCACUUCCAAGCUUUGACGGUAUUCCCCCAUUUUUCCUCGCCGACACUACCCAACUGCUCAAAAAUCGAAGAGCUAAAGCCCAAGCUCGGGCGAGGAAAACCCAUUCGGAUAAGCUUGAGCUCAAGCCCACUAUGAACAUGCCAGUGAGCAUGAUCGCAAAUGGCGAAUCAGCCACAAAAUACACGAAUUUUCGCUCCAAGACUGAGGGCCAUCAUACCACGUACGCCCGAGCGUGA